UGAAACAAAACAACAAAUUAAUGGAGAGUCUUACUUUUUCCAUUGCUCUUUUAAUCUUGCUAUUGAAUAGCUUUGCCUUCUCCUUGAAUUCUGACACAGAUAAAAAUGCUCUUAUUUCCUUCAAAAAUUCCAUCACUUCCGACACUAAUGCUAUCUUGAGCACCAAUUGUUCUCAAAACACAUCAGUCUGUAAUUGGAUUGGUGUGUCGUGCGGCCUCAAACACGGCCGUGUCACUGCUCUCAAUCUCUCUCGAUAUGACCUUGCUGGAACUGUUGCUCCCCAUGUUGGAAACCUUACGUUUCUAAGAUAUUUGGACAUCAGUUCUAACAGUUUUGUUGGGAUGUUACCCUUUGAGCUCUCUAAACUGCGUCGUUUGAAGGUGAUGAAUUUGGGAACGAAUUCAUUCACCGGAGAAAUACCAAAAUGGUUGGGCAGUUUACCUCAACUGGAGGAACUCUAUCUGUACAAUAACUCUUUCUUAGGUAAAAUUCCAUCGUCUUUGUUUAACAAUUCCAAGCUCCAGACGUUACAGAUAUUACGCUUGUCCAGUAAUAAACUGAGUGGAUCCGUACCACAUGCUAUCUUCAAUGUGUCUUCCCUAAGAGAAAUCGGAAUUGGAAAUAAUAGCCUAUCAGGUCGCCUCCCAAUUGAUAUGUGCAACAAUAUGCCAAACAUCAAAUUCUUGUCACUCUCUCGAAAUCAACUUGAAGGGCAGAUUCCGUCAAAUAUAUGGAAAUGCACACAUCUUGAUGUCUUGUCAUUAUCCUUCAACAAUUUCAGUGGAAGCAUUCCACGUGAAAUUGGAAGAUUGAGCAUGCUUACGGAGUUGUACUUGGGUUACAAUAGUGGUUUUCAAGGAGGAGUUCCAUCGGAAAUAGGGAAUCUUUCAAGGCUAGAGAUAUUAAAUAUUGACAGUGCUUCUCUAACAAGGGAUAUCCCAUUUUCAAUCUCCAACAUGUCCUUGACAGUAUUGAGUUUAUCUGACAAUAGUUUGACAGGAAGUAUCCCAAUUUGCCAAAAUCUUCAGCAAUUGUAUCUUGAUAACAACAAGUUCACAGGUACUUGCUUCAUCGAAUCAAUUUUAUGAUAUGCAUUUACGGAUCUCAAGCAAUGGGAAAAUUAUAUCGAAAAUUGAAAACUUUAAUCUGGUUCGGUUAAUUCUUAUAUUUUUUAUACAAAUAUUCAUCAUUAUAAUAAUUUUCUUUUUGCAUUAUUUUUAUGAUAACCAAACAAAAAAAUAAAAUUUUUUAUGUACAAUUAUGAUAUAUAUAAAUGAAUAAGACCAGAUGAAAACUUUACCUAAAAGCUAUUAAUUAAAUUUAUUUUUUUAAAAAAAUUAUGUUUUGUUGUUUUAGAUUUUAAAUUUAGCUAUUUUUUGCAAUUCUAUUAAGGGCAAAAUAGUCUAUUUAUACAAAAAAGUUAUUACCAUUAAUAGAUAUUUAUUUAUAGUGGCUCUAGUGGAUUAUGAUUAAUGCAAAACUCAAUCUUAAUAUAAAAACGCAGAACCAAAGCAUACGGAGGUUAUUAUUAGGCCAUUGUUAGUUUAUUUUUUGGUCAUUCUAAUAAGGAUGACAUAAAAUAAUUUAAAAAUAACCCAAACCGGGAUUCUAUAAAAUAACUUGAAACUGAGAGCUUCCGUGUUUUUUGUUAAUUAUUGUCCAUCUGAUUGGCAAAUCGUUCUGCAUUUCAUUUCUGUAAUAAGAUGCAUUUUUGUUUUGAUCACUUUCCGUCCACAAAUAUUAUUUUUCUUAGAAAAUGAUGACUUAUAGAGCUUUGUAUGAAGAAUAACAUCUGCUC